CCGCGGACCCGGGCCAUGGCGAUAGACCGGCGGCGCGAGGCGGCGGGCGGCGUCCCUGGGAGGUUGCCUCCCGCGGCCGAGGAGAACGGCGCCCUGCCGCCCGGGGACGCGGCGGCCUCGGCGCCCCUCGGGGGACGCGCGGGCCCGGGCAGCGGCGGCGACAUCCAGCCGCUGCCCGCCCCGCACGCUGCCGGCGGCCCGCACCCGAGCCUCCUGUUGCUGGACUACGACGGGUCGGUGCUGCCCUUCCUCGGGGGCCUGGGCGGCGGCUUCCAGAAGACCCUCGUGCUGCUCACCUGGGUGCCGGCGCUCUUCAUCGGCUUCAGCCAGUUCUCGGACUCCUUCCUCUUGGACCAGCCUAACUUCUGGUGCCGCGGCGACGGCAAGGGCACCGAGCCCUCGGGGGUCACGGCCACGGCCCGGGGGCGCAGCGGCGACCUGGCCGACUGGACCAGCCCCCCGACCACCCCCUUCUCCACCGCCGCCUGGGGGACGGCGGGCCCCCUCGGCAACGGCAGCGGCGCGGAAGGGGACGACGCGCUGCCGCUGCCGUCCCCUCCGGACAGGGGGGACAACGCCUCCAACUGCGACUGCCACGCGUGGGACUACGGCCUCCGCACAGGCCUGGUGCAAAACGUGGUCAGCAAGUGGGAUCUUGUGUGUGAUAAUACCUGGAAGGUCCAUGUCGCUAAGUUCUCCUUACUGGUUGGAUUAAUCUUUGGCUACCUGAUAACUGGAUGCAUUGCUGACUGGUCCGGCCGGCGGCCCGUGCUGCUCUUCUGCGUCGUCUUCAUCCUCGUCUUUGGACUGACCGUGGCGCUGUCUGUCAACGUGACCAUGUUCAGCACGCUCAGGUUCUUCGAGGGGUUCUGCCUGGCCGGAGUGAUUCUCACCCUGUACGCACUACGCAUAGAGCUCUGCCCCCCGGGGAAACGGUUCCUGAUCACGAUGGUGGCGAGCUUCGUGGCCACGGCAGGGCAGCUCCUCAUGCCCGGGCUGGCCGCCCUGUGCCGGGACUGGCAGGUGCUGCAGGCCCUCAUCAUCUGCCCCUUCCUGCUUAUGCUGCUCUACUGGUCGAUCUUCCCAGAGUCCCUGCGCUGGCUCAUGGCCACGCACCAGUUUGCGUCGGCAAAGAAGCUGAUCCUGCGCUUCACACAGAAGAACCGCAUGAACCCCGAGAGCGACAUCAAAGGCGUGAUGCCUGAGCUGGAGAAGGAGCUUUCCCGGAGGCCCAAGAAGGUCUGCAUCGUGAAAGUGGCGGGAACCCGGAACCUGUGGAAGAACAUCGUGGUGCUGUGCGUGAACUCGCUGACCGGCUUCGGGAUCCACCACUGCUUCGCGCGCAGCAUGAUGGGGCACGAGGUGAAGGUUCCGCUGCUCGAGAACUUCUACGCCGACUACUACACGGCAGCCGGCAUCGCCCUGGCGUCCUGCCUGGCCAUGUGCCCGGUGGUGCGGUUCCUGGGGCGCCGGGGAGGCCUGCUGCUGUUCAUGAUCCUCACGGCCCUGGCCUCACUCCUGCAGCUGGGGCUGCUCAACCUGAUCGGAAAAUACAGCCAGCAUCCAGACUCAGGAAUGAGCGAGAGUGUCAAGGACAAGUUCUCCAUCACCUUCUCCAUCGUGGGCAUGUUCGCCUCCCACGCGGCGGGGAGCCUCAGUGUGUUCUUCUGCGCAGAGAUCACGCCCACGGUGAUCAGGUGCGGCGGCCUGGGGCUGGUGCUGGCCAGCGCGGGCUUCGGCAUGCUGACGGCGCCCAUCAUCGAGCUGCACAACCAGAAGGGCUACUUCCUGCACCACAUCAUCUUCGCCUGCUGCACGCUCAUCUGCAUCAUCUGCCUCCUGCUGCUGCCCGAGAGCCGGGACCAGAACCUGCCCGAGAGCAUCCCCGACGGCGAGCACUACACGCGGCAGCCCCUGCUGCCGGCCAGGCGCGCGGAGCAGCCGCUGCUGCUCACCAACGCCGAGCUCAAGGACUACUCGGGGCUGCACGCCGCGGCCGCCGGGCUGCCGGACGGCGCCACGGCCAACGGCGGGCGGCCCAUGUAGGGGGCCCUGGGGGCGGGCCGGGCAAGCCCACCCUGCUGAGAGGCCGGCGUGGGGACCCCCAAGGAGCCCGUGUUUGAGGAAGCGGACUCUGCAACGACCCUUCAAGGAUUUUCCUGUCUGCCAUUAAACGUUUGUAUUUAUUUCGGUCAUUUUUACAAGAAGCACUUUAUUCCCUUCCCUUCACGGAUCUCGAAACGGAGCCUCCUCCUCGGGAAGGGGGACGCGGUGGCCGGGGACACGCGUAAGGACCGCGCAGCCCAGGCUCCCCGGGAGGUCGGCUGCGCCCUCAGAGCCAGCUGUCCCCGAGGCCGCGCACAGAGACCGACCCGCCACCGUCCGGAGCACUCCCACAGCUGCGCGCUUUUAUUCAGACUGAAACGUAGAUGGUUAGGGUUUUGCUGGAGUCCGUGUACGGGUUCUAAGGGGUUUUCUGUAAGGCAAGACCUUCCGCUCCAUGUGCUGGGGGAAAGCAGCUCACAGCACCAUUUAAACCAGCUCAGUCUUUCCUGCAGGAUCAUCCUUUUAUACUUCAUGCUGGAAGCUCUUUGGGGGAGAAGCUUAACCAUUUCAUUAGAAAUCCUGAUUGGUGACGGCAUCGCCACGGUCUUCCAAGGCAGGUCUGCCCAGCUCAGCUCCCAAGUAGCAGACGCGUCGAGUCAGAGACAAGUUAGUGUCAUCACCCCUCCUACCGGUUCAGCUCCAGCAGGAAAGUCCCCUCUUGCAGUCAGCUUUUCUACCAGCACGACGUGAACACACGGCUACUUCCUCAAUGAAAACCAAUAGGAAAAUAACUAAAUAGGCAACUAAGGCAGCCCCCCAGGAGGGAGCGGUGCUCUUGCAAAUACGGCCCGUCAGCCACCUCCCAAGCACACGCCGCGCAGAAAUCACCAGCUUGGAGGCCUCGGCUCCACUGGCCGCCGGCGGAGAGCCCAGAGCCCGCGGGGGAUGGCCCUGUACCCUCUGCUUCCAUCAGCACAGAGCUGGGCCUGGGGCAAGGAGCGGGCCCCUCACCGGGGAGCCCAGCUGACCGCAGCCUCCGAGAGCAUCAAGACCAACUGAGAGAAGCAAUAACUCACCAAAGCUCGAGCCCCACCCCGUCCCCAGUGUCCGAGGGUUUCGUCGUGUUCCUCACUUCGUCCCCCUGCCUUUCCAGGUCAGGCUCUCUGCACCUGUCUGGAGCCGUUUCAGAGGAAACGCGGCAGAUGCUGAGGAACAGCCCUCGCCGGCCAGGCAGGCACUGCCUUGUGGCAGCACCGGGACAGCCUGGUUCUUCCUGGAAGGGUCCACCUCCCCACGGUGCGCCUGCCGUGGGCUCUUCUUCCAGGGAAGGCGUGGCCCCGGCUCCGUGGGAAGCAGCGAGGGGACUCCCGGCCCACGGCUGCUCAGACUCUGAGGCCCGAGAGAGAGGCGGACCGCAUCCCCGCU